AUGAGAGAUGUAUAUGUAAAACCAAUAACUAUAAGAACUCUUGAGGAUUUGAUUAGUAAUAUUAGUAGGAGUGAAUAUCGAUCUCUAGAUUAUGUAUCGAAUAUAUCUUAACAAUUUUAAUUUAUGGAUAUUGAAUAUGCUGAGGAGGAUAAAUUAGUGUUGGAAUAGUCAGCUCAUUGA